AUCAAAUCCAUAUUUGAAGGAACAAUUAGAAGAAAUAUCAAGAAACAAAGAAAAUCUUUAAACUUUAUAACUUUUCACUGUUAAAUUGAAAUAAAGGUUAGGUAAAACUUAUCCAAUGAACAUAAUGACUACCGAAGAGCCUCCAGACCAACCAGAUUUAAUUUGCGUAGAAGAAAGUCUUAUGAGCUUUGAAAAAUUAGAUAGAGCAUCGCCAGAUUUAUGGCCUGAACAAAUUCCAGGUGUAAAUGAAUUUGUGGCUCAAAAUUCCCCUCAAACAGAGCCAUCUUCUUGGGCUGCUGGUCUCACUCCAGAUGACAUAAACCAGUUACAUCAAUUAGGAAAUUUGUCAAUGGGUGGUUUAAUAUCUGAAGUAAAAAAGUUACAUGACAUGGCCUAUCAAUUGGGAUUAGAAGAAGCAAAAGAGAUGACCCGUGGAAAAUAUUUAAACAUUUUCAAACAUAAAUAACAAAAGCUUGUUUGAAAAAAUGACACAAUCCACCUUGUAUAUUUCUGUACAUUAACAAAGACUGAUGGAAAGUUGGUGGUCAUGUUGCAGUUGGAUCCGUAUGACAAAAUACCUAAC